GUGCGGCGGUGGCGGCAGAGCCACAAUCCGAAGCAACAGUCUCGACAGGAGCAAGGUCAGGAUUUAGUCUCGCAGGAACUCCAUCCCUCCAAUGAAGACUCAGCUGCCUAGACCACAACCUGAAUCUACCUCUUAUACGGCAUCUAUCAUUACCUCAACAAUGACCACAAGAACUGACUUCUCAUCAUCUCAGGAGGUCUCCCAGACCCAAAGUUCUUGCAGUCAGGACCCUAUGUUGGUUCGACAAGAGGAGACUUUGUUGGAAACCACCGAGGAGGCCCCCAAGCCUCGGCGCAGCAGGAAACUCAAGCGUUUCAGCUCCAGGUGGCCAUCAAGGGGCUCGAACAGCAGCAGCAACCUCUCCCUCCAAGCAACCAAGACAGAGAGGAAGCGCCGUAAGCUUCUCGGCGACGAGCACCCAGUGCAUGUGACUGCCAGCAACCAGCGCCAGCGCUACGUGACCAAGGACGGCAAGUGCAGGGUCAACUUAGGGCCCAUUGAGGACAAAAGCCGCUUCCUCUCUGAUAUUUUCACCACGCUGGUGGACCUCAAGUGCCGCUGGUUCCUUCUGGUCUUCACCAUGUGCUACAUCCUCACGUGGGUGGCCUUUGGCGGAAUCUACUUCCUGGGCGCCUGGCUGCGAGGCGACAUCGAACAUGUGCACGACCCACGCUGGCGGGCAUGCUACGAGAACGUGGACGGCUUCCUGUCAGCCCUGCUGCUGUCGCUCGAGAGCCAGAGGACCAUCGGGUACGGCUCCAGAAUGGUGACAGCGAAGUGCUCCGAAGGGGUGGUGCUCCUGAUGGUACAGUCCAUCCUGGGCUGCAUCAUCGAUGCUCUCAUGGUGGGCUGCAUGUUUGUGAAGAUCUCCCGCCCCCAGCAAAGGGCACAGACGCUCAUCUUCAGCAAACAUUGCGUCAUAUGCGAGCGGGAUGAGAAGCUCUGCAUGCUCUUCCGCAUCGGGGACCUGAGGGAGAGCCACAUGGUGGAUGCCAAGAUCCGGGCCAAGCUAAUCAGAUCCAGACAGACCAGAGAGGGAGAGUUCAUCCCACUGGAGCAGUCCGAGAUCAACAUGGGCUACGACACGGGCGGAGACAGGCUUUUGCUGGUGGAGCCCCAGACCAUCACUCACAUCAUCAACGAAAACAGCCCCUUCUGGGAGGUGGGUGCCGAUCGUUUGAGGAGGGAGACCUUUGAGAUCAUCGUCAUCUUGGAGGGCAUCGUGGAAGCCUCGGGUAUGACAUGUCAGGCGAGGACGUCCUACACGGAGGACGAGAUCCUGUGGGGUCACCGGUUCGAGUCAUGCAUUUCCUUAGAGAAGGGUGCCUUUCGCGUGGACUACAGUGCGUUCGACAAAACCUUCGAAGUCCAAAUGUCAAAACUGAGCGAAAGAGACAGGAGAAAUGCAAUGGAGCAAGACCUUUCGUUUUAGGUGGAGAACUGUCUGCCUUGUGACAAUACACAUCAGUGGGGGUCCAAGACUUUCUCCACUGAGAGCCACAUACAGAAAAACCAGACAACAUGGAGGCCAUUUUAAUAUUUUAAUUUUGUAAAACCAAACCAACAAAGAUAUGGCAAGAGUUAUUAUCAACAUUUCAACUUUACACCCUUUCCCUGUCCACACACACACACACACACACAGUUUUCUUGUCUAAUUGUAUUUUUUAGAAUGCAUCGUGGGCCAAUAACAAACAAGUGGUGAGCUGCAAAUGGCCCCCUGGCCGCACUUUGGACACCGCUGAUACACGGUGUAUACUUUGCUCAUAAGCGACUGUUGUUCUCAAAAGUCUGCUUUUGAAGUGUUUAUAUAAUUUAUAUAUUUAUGUAACACUACAAUUCUGGUGCUAUGUACAAAACAGUAUCCAUUAUUUUACCGUCCAUACGCUGUAUGUGACAU